AUCUCGGCACGCUAGGACGUGAUCGCGACCGGCAGUGUUCUUUUCCGUGACCCUUUCACCAGUAAAGUGCAAACUAAAGUAUAACAAGUACAAAGUGAAACCUUUUCAAAUAACAACCUUAAAAAAGUCCCUCAAAACAAUAGACCUCCAACAUCGAUCCAACGUACAUUAUUUCCCCCUUCCUCGUCUUGAAUGUGGUAAACGAGUGCUGUACGAAGUAAUAAAAGCAUCUAACAACGAAGCGCAACAUACCGCACGGCUCGUGCAAUGGUGGUUUGCUGAUGGUUAAUCAAACAAGUGACAUGCAAAAGCUGUUAACGUCGCCGUAACGCUGCUACCGCCAGCUGCCAGUGUUUAUCGACCCCUGUCGCUUCAUCCGGAUGCGUAAUGUACUUGUUCCCUAGUUGCCCUGGGUCAUUUUCCGUGAAUCCAUUCAGCCGGUGUGCAGUGCUGCGCUAACAUCCUUCAACGACACGUUCCCCAGAGGCAUCCCAACUGCCGGCAAACGAUACCACCACAAACAAACGUGCUUAGCAGGCGACAGUCAACAGCUGUCAAACUUUGUUUACGUUUAUCGAUCACAGGUCCGUGUCGCUUAGUGUCACAUAGAAAAGAGUACAAAUCGUGGCAAUCAAAAGGUAAAAUCCGCAUGGAUUUAUUGAUUCCGACCGAACACCGAAUACUUUAAGCAACGCAUAAUGGAGAUCCGGUGCGGCAUCGGUUCUUAACGUCCAUCUUCGGUAGCCGGUAAACAGCUCCGCAGAAGAUGCAGCCAGCGGUGGUGCCUUCGGGGUGAUAAAACAAUUUACAGAAUCAACAGCAAAUCACUCCCGGUGGGCUCGUUUGCAUAUACAUACAUUGAAGCGCGCUCCAUUCCUCCCCUCGCAAGUUCCCAGCAGCUAUGUGUCCGCGCAAUGGGUUGUGAACAUUAUGCUAAAGGUGCGGUACAAGCUGCUUGAAACAACACACCCCGUGUCUGGUUAAUUCUCCGCGCACAGCUUCAUUACGCGUGUCCUCGCUCUCGGGUAGGGUACUUUCGAUACUUACUUGUCCAGCCGGUACGGCCUGUCCGAUGCGAUCGAUGUCGAUGCGCAGGGCCGGUGGAUAGGAAGGAAAAGCAUCGCUGGUGAAGCUUUUAACCAUGUUACGUCAGUACCAUUUCGUGCUCGUGUCCCUGGCGUGCUUCGCGGCUAAUUGCUGCAGCUCCAGCUCGGAGUACUUAAUCAUUCGGCAUGGCCGGUCGCGGGUACGUCACUCGAGCGAGAAGGACCACAUCCGGUGGGGCCUCCAAGUGUUCGACAACUUUACGCUGCUCGACUACGAUGCCGGUGGGAGUGGGUCGGGCGGUGGUUCGGGCAGCGGUAGCGAGGAAACACAGCCCGCACCGGCCAAGGAACCUUCAUCGGUGAACGGUGGCGCUGCCAGUACCCUCACGAUACGAUUUGAUGAGUCGGAAGAGCUGGAGCGCAUGAUUGAGCUAAGCGAUUUCGAUAACUUGCGCUUCAGCGCUACGGGCGUCCGUACCGGUGGACCGAUCGAGCCGGAAUCGAUCGCACCGCUACCAACGGUCCCGACCGGCCGGGACCGGAAGCUUAUCAAGAAGGAGAUAAUGGAAAACAUUCGCCGCACGGUCGACAAGGGGCUGGAGUACCUGAAAUCGCACAACAACCUGGACGAGGUGAAAAUCGAACUCGUACCGUUCCGUGGCACGGCGGACAAGCGUCACCAAUCGACGACCACGCCGGACGGUGGGAAACAGUCGUCCGACACGACGAUUGACAGCCGUGCAAGCAAUCGCGCGGAAGAGCAAUCGUACUGGGCGACGAGCAGCCCGACGGCCACCGUGUCCGGUCGCGGCAAAGCGUCGUUACCAUGGAUAGAUGGAAUUGCUAAAAGCGUCCGCGUACAGCGCCCGAACGCUCAAGUGUCCGCAUCCAAUCAACGACUAAUCUCGUUAGACGCGAUUCCACGAACGGCAAACCCACCGCUAACAGGCACACCAACCGCACCGCACGACCGGUCCAGACAGAUCGACCGGCGAGUCGAGAGUAGUUUCAUGGGCGAGCUGAACGCGAACGGUUCACCGAACGGGUGGAGCCCGGGGUCAAGGGUUGUGCCGAAUGGAGAGGAUUAUCCUAAUGACAUGCCGGCGGCCGUUGACAUGGGUAACCACGGUCGGACGGAGGAGCCGGAAGCGGAAGAGAAGGAGCAGGAGCGUGCGCCGGAGGACGUGGACGAAGAAGCUGACACGAACGAACAUCCGCCCAACAUCGAUGCGCCGCAGGACGAUGAUCCGCUGCUGCAGGACGCCGAAAUGGAGGACCCAAUCGAGGAGGAGGAGGAACCGUUCGAGGUGGACGGGUCGGACGUGGACAUUAACAACGUUUUCCACAUGGAGGAGAGCGAUCUAAGCGAGCUGGACGAAACGAGCCGCAACAAUCGGCGCAACCUGAUGAAGGGCCGGGACGUGGUGACGCAGUUUCUCCAGAUCGUCGAGAGCCAGCAUCUGCUCGGGGCGAACUGUACCGCCGGGACGGCGCUCAAUCUCGGCGAGGGCGUCGUCGACCGGUACGCGCAGGAUCGGUUUCGCGUCGAGGCGGAAAUUGCCGUCAACCGGGCGAACAUGCUGACCAGAAUAUUCAAGUUCUCGUCCGCGGACGUACAGGCGUCCGAGCACCUGUUGCACGCGUCCGUCCUGUCGAUGGUCGAGUUUGAUGAUGAUAUUUUUGCCGGCGGAAACUGUUUCGACUGGAACCAGCAUCCGGCCAAGCGCGGUCUGUUCUGCCCGUUCGCGUACCGUCUGCCGCCCCCGGAUCAGGGCGCCUCGCUCGUCAAGGAUCUAGCGCUCGAGUAUCAUUACUUGGGUAACACAUCGGAAUGGUUUUUCCUCGCAAGGAAAAACGCCGAGAAGGUCAUCGCGCGCAACGAACAGUAUAUUAAAUCUUUUCACGUGUACACCAACAACACCGAGCGACAGGCGGACGAAAUUCUAUCGGUAAAGUACGAGGAUGGCCGGUGGUCGAAACCGUACUACGACUGCGGAGGUGGCAAUAUCUGGAUGCUUACGUACACCGUACCCUUCUUUGGGUACGAGAAUGGGACGUACUUUUUCAAAGGUACAUCUGGCAUCGAUAUCGAUUUAAGGCGCGUCGACAUUGAUCAGUGUCCGCAGAAGAACUCCCCAUCUGGGGCACCCCAGCCGCUGAACAUUUUCGCCGGCACGGACAAAUGCAAGCAGCGAACGACGGAGUGCACACCAAUUCCCGGGCUUGGCUUUCGCCGUGGGUCCUAUCGGUGCAUCUGCCGAAAGGGAUACUAUUUCCCCGAUACGACGAUCGAGCAGAAGUACUUCAACGGUAGCACGCUGGAAGAAGAGUAUGAAAAACUUAUGCUGAACGAGUACAGCACCUACAGCAUCGCGAACUCGUACGAAUGUUUACCGUGCGCCGAAGGGUGUGACUCCUGCGAGGAUGCAUCGCCGUGCGUGGCCGCCCUGAACUGGCCGAUGCGUACGUCCAUCCUGGUGCUGGCCUGUGCCGUCAUCGGGCUGCUACCACCGGCGGCCGUGUUUACCUUCAAGUAUCAGCAAGUGAAGGUUGUACGGGCAGCAAGUCCAGCGCUGCUGCGUGUAAUUGCAUUGGGCGCAUUUUGCAUUUAUUGUACGUCGGUUGUCAUGUAUCCGCCACCAUCGCUCUACUCCUGCACCGCCCGCAUUUGGUUGCGGGAAAUUGGCUUUUCCCUGACGUACGGAGCAUUGAUGCUGAAAACCUGGCGGAUAUCGGUAAUUUUUCGCGUCCGUUCGGCGAAAGCGGUCAAAAUUACCGAUGCGUACCUGCUGAAGCGUUUGGGCGUGCUGUGCGGUUUCGUCGGCAUAGCGCUCCUCGUCCGGACGUUGGUCGCACCGCCGGUAGUGAUCGUUGGCCGAACCGCGGACAACCUGAAGGCGUUCCUGUGCAAAACGGACUGGUGGGAUCAUACCUUCACCUCGAUGGAGGUUCUGUUUCUGGCCUGGGGCGUACGGCUCUGCAUCAUGGUACGGAAGGCACCGUCCGAGUUUAACGAAAGCCGCUUCAUAUCGAUGGCGAUCUACAACGAAUUUCUACUGACCUGCUUCCUGAAUGUGUCAAUGUUGUUCCUGCAGUCACCGGCUAAUCCCGAUUUAUUGUACAUCAUAUUUUUCUGUCACACGCAGCUCACGGUCACGCUGCUGUUGGCUUUGAUUUUUGGCAGCAAGGUGUACCUGGUGUUCCGGGGCGGUGGCAAACAUCAGGACGAUCCGACCGGGCUCGGCAUCAAACCGUCCGGGGCCAAAUUUAUUAGCCGCUCGCACGGACGAACAUUCGCCAACGCUAGCAGCGUCACGACGUCUACCGCCCAGCUCGGGGCCAACAUGGCCAAUGAAGGCCGUCUCACGGAAACGGAAGCACUGGAGGAGCUGAAACUACUCUACACCCAGCUCCAGCGUCUGUACGAGCGCAUCCCCCAACGUGGGGCCGCAAUCCUAACCGUCGCAAGUCUGAUGGAGGCUUGUCGUACCACCUCGCUUCGACCACCACCGGCCAUCGGAGCACCAAGUCCCCUGAAAGCCAUCCAAAGCGCCAGUAUGGCGGGUGCAUCCGAUGGCUUGGCGAGUUCAACGGGAGUUUCGGCCACAACUCCAACCACCAUCGUACGGUUGGACAAAAGCACCAACACCAACACGACGGCAACGAUCCCGAACGGGUCGGUGACGAUCGGGCCCGGAAAUGGGUCGAUCGGUUCGAUACCUCCGCAGACACGCAUCACCAUCACGGACGAGGCGGAGACCGUGCAGGAAGUGGAACGAGAGCGCCACAAGUUGGAGGCCCGUUCGAUCGACGGCAGUCACUUCCGGCUGGACCACCAGCAGCUUCAGUGCAUGUGCAGCGGUUCGGGCGACGAGGAACCGUACACCGGCCGGGAUGGGUUGUCGCGCUCGAUGGAGCUGGACGGGGUGGUUGGGCGGAAUAAUAAUUGCUGCUGCAGUUGCAGCUGCUGCUCCUCGACCCGAACCAAUCGACAGCAGCAGCAGCAGCAGCAGCAACAUCGGCGUAAUGAUAGUGUGAUAAAUAAUUCCACCAGUGCCGUGCAGCUGACUAGUGCAGGCGGUGCGGUUAAUUGUAAUUGUAAGAUAAGUGGAGUGAACGACAAAUCCGGUUCCGGUUCCGUGAGUACCGUUACCGGUCGCCGGAAACCGGACGCGGACGGUGUGUUGGUGGUGGGUGGUGGGUCGGUACCGUUGCACAAAGCCAAACAGCACACCUCCGAGCUGGUGCUGAACUGUCAGUUUGCUGUCGGUGGGGCUGAGGGUGGUACGGCUGGUAGUGGCGUUGGUGGUGGUGGGUUAGAGUAUGUAGCACCAAACAGCGCCAACAGCACGGUCGGUGAACACCGGAAGCAGCAACAGAACUCACAGCAUCAUCAUCAUCCACCAUCCUCGCAUCCUCCUCAUCAUCAGCGUGCCUCUAGCACCAGCGAGUGUGGUGAGUUCAGUACAAAAGCUUUCGAAUCUUGUGAUAAUCUGCUACAUCAGCGCCACCCCCACUACCAGCAACAGCCGCACUCACAGCACCAGCAGCGACACAAGCAAACGUUCAGUGCCGGUGAUAGUGUAGAUAAUCAUGCCACACAAACGGUACCGUUGGAACGCUCGACGGGCGGCAGUGGGGUGGCCGGAACACUGGCCCAGCUGACACCCGCCACCGACGAGGCCACAAUUCGGUUGGUGAAUUUAGAAAAGUUUAACAAAUUGUACGCCAACAACAGCAGUAGGAUAGAUAGCUUGAAGGAGCACUUUCUGAUGCGGAACGCACUCACGACCGCGUUGCAAAAUCUCGAAAUUGAAAAUCGGUCACGAAGUGCGGUGAAUCAUGGGCGCAUCCGACCUCCGCGGCAGGCUAGCGACGACGACAGCGCCAACGUGGGUCCUGAAAGUUCGGGCGGCACAACCGAACCGCGGAACGCUCCCGCAGGUAAAGGGAGACGAACGGAACCGGUCCAGGGUGACGGAGCCCGUCGUCGGUCGGGAGUAAUCCGGAAGCGGAUGAAGCAAUCAAUAGUAAAUGCAAUAGUAGCAGUAGCAACAGUAGUAGUAGUAGCAACAGUAGCUGUAAUAGUAGUCGAAGCAGUGUUAGUAAUAAGCGCGUCAACAACAAGGACGGCAGCAACAGAAGCAGUCGAAACAGUAACAGUACGAACAACAGUGCCAAUACGCCGGAAACGUCGGCCACAGGUGAGGGUGGCGGUGAAGAGGCCGGUAGCGGAGCGAGCGGGAGUGCUGAGGUGGGUAGUUCUAGCGGUGGUGGUGGUGGUGGAAAGAAGAAGAAAUCGCCCGAGAAGCGUCUCGUCAUCGAUUUGAACGAUCGUUCCAAGUACACCGAGGAGGUGUCGGUAUGAGUUUGGUAGCAAUUGAUCGGCAGGAAAAAUGUAAAUGUUGCAACACAUACCGUCUAUCUCGACGGUCUGAAGAAUCUAUUUCGUUGAAAGAGAUGACCACACACCGAAGGUAAAAAAAGCACUCAAAGAAGACGAAAAGACACAAUAUGAAGCCGAACAAAACAAAACAGGAUCGAAAACAGCACAAUCAAACCACUUUUAGUAUGAAUCGAUCGAUAGAGAAUCGUACCGCUAGGAAGCAACACCACCAUAUGGACAGCUCUUUUGUUCUUUAUUUUCCGUGCCUUUGUUUUGCUCACGUGACACCGGAAGCAGCAGAUAUCGACCGUGCUAUUUGCACCACGGAUUUUUGUUUUUUUUCUCAAUCGCCAUUUCCUUCGUGAGUGGAUAUUGGAGUGGAGUGUAGUAUCAGUUGCGAUUAAAGUCGCAAACUGUCGGCUAAGCUGUCACAGUUUGUCUACGCUUGGUUUUUAACAUCCCUGUUUCUGUUUUAUCUCCCUUGUACGUCACAUUCAAUGUGGUACGAUUAUUGAGCGGUUUUCGAUAUCUGUUGCCGGACACGAGAUAAAGGAAAAUUAUCAGAAAAACUGUGACCUAAUCUUUUAUUUGCUUGGGUUUUUUUCCUUUCUACUUGACUUUUUUGUGUGAUACUUAUUUGAUUGAUUUUUUGUAUCACUUCUUAUACUCAAUGGAGACGCUUGGUGCUUUUCGUCUAACGAUGGAGGCGCAUGGUACUUUUCAUCUCGAUUCGUUUUCGUUACUUAAUCAUUUAUUUUUACUCAUAUCGCUGACAGCUUAUCUUUGCCCGUAUCAUUGUUUAUGUUUGGUUAAGUCUUAUACGAUCCAAUUUCCGAAUGAUUCAUGAUCAUCGUGCAGAUAUUAUCAACGAAUUAAAGCUUCCUGCUGCACCCCAAUUACUGAGCUCCGGUUCGAACAGUCGUAAUGUUUCCCUCCCCUUUCCUUUAACCUUCACUGCUGGUGCAUAAUUAAAACAAACAAUGCACCAUUGUGUCAUAUUUCUCACGCAUUCACGUUCCAUUUCAUCGACAACAGGCUUAUCAGUGGUAAUCAUUCCGUAUCACCGCUUGGUCCCGGUCGUAAAAUCAAUUUAUGAACGGUACAGUGAAGCGCAACACGUACCGAAAGAUACUUUUUCACUCGAUUUUAUCACCUUCCCACAUCGAUGGGGUGGGAGGGGCGAAAAGCUGUUUCGCCCGAUUGGCUUACAAUUGUUUCGACAUUUGUUUUCUGCCACACUCGCCCAUACCCGCUUCACUCGACUCCGAAAAUGUAUUACAUUAGUUCCAAUUUCCUUUACGUGCGCACUCUCUGCUCAUAAACGAGCUUUCCCCCGGGUGUAAGGACGGGAAUGCCUGAGAUAUGACACCCUUGUUGUCAGUUCGAAAUGUCACCCCGGGAGGGUAAGAGGGAAGCGUACGAGUCGUAUGACGCACUCCAUUAUUUCGAAUAUUUAUGAAAUCAAAGAAUCUUCAUUCCGGUACGCAAGCAAUCGCAUCUUAAUGCUUUCAUACCCUCGAGCAGAAAGCGACGGUAAUAAAAGCAAUGGUUUUAUUGGCUCUUUUGCUUUUAUUGUGUUCUGCUGAUUCAAGUAAGAGAAACAAUGUAAUAUAAGAAGCGCCUUAUACGGGAGCGAAUGUUUUCGAAUCACACAACUGACACUAUUUCGCGUGCAUACUUUCACUACCUUUUCUUUUUUUAUCCCAAAAGGGUAGGAACAGUUUUCAUCAAACAAAAUCCCACGACAGCCUGUUUAAAGUGAUGCAAAUACGUGUUGUUUAAUCAAAUUUCAACAUAUCCACAUCAAAUCAACAUAUUUCCCCUUCGUCAUAAUUUGAAUAUUCCACCCAACGCAAAGGUUGACAUGUGCGUUUUGGGUUCGCCUUUCUUUUGCGCUGACCUCCCUAACCCCUCGGGGCGGGAGGCACUAGACUGUAAACAUUCCGCUGUUCUGCUGUUCCCUUCUGUAGCUCCACCAACGCUAACAUUGCAACCGCAAUUUUAUCCCCUAGCGAGAAACGUCCUAAGAAUGUGUUUGAUCUUCGCUUUAUAUGAGCCAAUGCGUUACGAUGUGUACCGUCGACGUUGCUGAUAAAGGCUGUGAUGAUGUUUUUCGGUGGAAAACGGCAGUAUACACGCAAUAAACAGAUCAUCUGCGUUUUCUUCGCUCACCCGGGAGAGUCCUCAGAACGAUAAAAUUGCAAAACAUUCUCCUUACGUCCUCGCCUUACGCUUCCAUCAAUUCCUCCUACUCCAUAGAGACGCCUGAUGCCUGCUGUACGAUAGUGGAGACGUCUGGUACCUCAUGAAAUCCAAUGUUUUGUUAAGAACCAUCCUCAACUAUAACCUUCCCGUUAUAGUAUCGUAUAAAGGAAAAUUUGCCAUAGCAACGGACGCAAACACACACGAAACGUAUUGUUCCUCUAACAAACAUACACCCCCCCAACAACAACACAACAGAAAACGAAGGAUGAAGUACCUGUUGAAAAGAUUAUUCCAUUCCAAGAACAUUACCAAACUGCACACACGAUUUGAUUUCAUCGAAAAAAGGGGGCCACACGAUAUGGUACCAUCAAAUACUCAUCCAUCAAUAUUUUCCACAGAGCAAAAGAGCACAAUCAAGGGAAACCCGAUGUGAUUUACGCACGAAAUACCGUCAUUCACUUACGGCGAUGUUUAUUUUCGAUACUUGUUGACAUCGGUAUUCGUGCGUAACUUUUCUUUUUCGGGAAAACCUAGAGUUUUAUCACAUGCAAGCUGCUCAUUUGCAUAUCGGAUGAAUUAUUGCUUGAUGAUUUGUCAAUACCAAUCCCUGAUGUGUUGGAUUGUAUUUAUAUUGUUUCUGUUUAACGCACAUAAAAAAAAGUAAACGGUUCAGUUGAUAACAAUGAUAACGAUUUAUUUCCGUUCAAUUGAGUUUGUUUCAAUGAGAAUGUAACCUCAAUGAAACAUGAAUGAACUUAGGGAAAAAAUGGAAUUUUUGUUCAUUAUUCAAACUCCUUUUCUCGUGUGAUGUUUAAAAUGAUUUUGUAUGCUGUUCAUAAGGUGAUUCUUUCCCAGCUUUAAGAAAAACCUAAAUAUUUUCCAAACACUCACACAUCGAAACGAACACUUCAAACACAUUCUGCUCAGUUGCAACACAAAGACUGUUUCUUCUUUCAUUCCCUCCAGGGUAAAGCUAAACCUUCAAAUGCUCCACCGAAUCAUAUCUUCGCUCACAACACCUUGUAAGUAACCUAGAACGAUUCGGACAACUUACAUCAAGCUGUGUUGGAAGUUAUCACCUCCCAGCUUCCAUCACAAGCACAAUAGCAUUUAUGAAGCAGCAAAGACAAAUACGUUCUCUAAGAGAGCCCCUUAGGAAACGUUAACGUAGCGUAGCUUGCCGGCGAGAAGAUGGGAGCUGAUAGCGAUUUCAAUUCGUUCAAGCGAGAAAAAGAAGAUUUGAUUCGAGUGGACACAAUUUGAGCUAUAUUGUUCUUCUAACUUGCACCCCGUACGUAUUGAUCGUUAGUUAGCAUUCGAUUACAAAAUUUGCUAUGUUUUUAAACAAACAUAUCUCAAAACUUUACUAGCGUGUAGGGUAGUUUUAUCGCAACCAAAAGGGCCUGUACAAAGGAAAAGGAGGAUCGCUUCUUAUCGUUAUGAAUACUUAUCGAGAUUUAUCCGAGAGCUGAGUGGCAUCUGGUUGCUAUAUUUGUAAGCAAAACGAUCUUUCCGUAUCUGUGGCUGUACAGGCUGUGCAAAAGCUGUGUACAGCAGAGGAGAUGUUGUUAAAUUUUUGGCUCUUUGUUCGUUUAUCCACCGUAACGUAGCGUAGCGAUCGAUCCACCACAAAACCGUUAGAUCAAGCACUAUUUUUAAAUACAAACGCGUUAGUUCGUACUUGACUAGAGAUUUAAACAGUGAAGCGAACGGGGUAACAGGCAGCAGACAAUGGUUCGACAGCAAACAUUGGUUGUGGUAUUUAGACGACUUUCGUUCUGUUAACGUAAAUCCCGAUUCCCGCUGUGAAUUUAUUUGUUAGAGAGCGUAUUACUGUUGCGUUUUGCUUAGAUAAAUUGAAAGCAGGUAUUGUGAAUUGUGUUAGGGCAAGCGGAACCGAUAGAGUAUGAAGCUAUUUUGCCGACUUCAAACCGAUUCAAAUCAAAACCCCGUACGCAGAAGGAGCGUUCGGCCACGGUAGGCUAGAGAUCGGAAAUUCGUUAAAGGUAGACGUAAGCAAAUUCCCUCUUACGUGCGGUGCGAAACUACCCAUUCAUACAGACCCGUACCCCAACGCAACGCCGCAACAUGAAGCAUUGACAGUGAGAUAGUGUGCUAAGGAAAGAGAUUUAUACGUAAUGUUAUACUUCGAACUCUUCGAGCGCAUAACGCUGGAACAGCAGCUAGUUCGUAAGCAAUCAAUACAUCAAUCUGUACAGUUUAAUCCCCUUAUCCACUUGUGCGAACUAGCGAGUGUCGAUGAGUUGGCUCGUGUUUUGUACAGCGCAAAAAGAAAACACUAAAGAAAUAAUUUAAGUACCAGAAUACAGAGAGUAAAAGAUGCUAAUAAGUAUGAUGUAUAUUAUAUCGCAAAAAAAUGUGGGGGGAGGCUUAGAAGCCUACGCCACUAUGUCGCCAUAUGUACUAACCGGCAAGAUGGAACAAAUGAUUAGCGAUUACGAUUAUCUUAACUAGUAUCGUUAAGUGUGAUGGGAGCUAAAGUCCAGCAUUUGUGGUGGGGAAAGUUUCCAUUCCGUUCGCUAGACGAUGUGAAGCUGAAACAUUCAAUAAAAAUCAAAUUUUAUCAGUCUAUAAGAAAA